CCGCCCUCCGCCUCGCCCUCGCCGCCGCCGCUCCCGCCUCUGGAUCCGGGUCUAGUCCCAGUCGAGACCACCUCCUUCACCAUCUCCUUCGAGUCUGUGCGCCGCCUGCUGCGCGCUCUGCAGCAGCAGACUGUCACCUUCACCAUCUCCUUUGAGAAGAUCAAGACUGCCGUGGUUGACACCAUCGCCGACUCCGUGACGGACAUCACGACCGACCAGAUCACCGUCGAGCCUGUCGACGGCAACCCGAACGUCUUGAAGGUGACCAUUUACCCGAAGGAGGGGCAGACCGCCCCGCAGAUCCUCGACGCCAUCUCCAGCGACCCCAACACCCUUCUCCAGAACAUCGGCGAGGAGCUCGGUGAGAACGUGCCCACGCCCUCCUUCGUUGUCAAUCCGUCCAUCGCCAUUUCUGGCGUCGCGCCGCCGCCGCCACCGCCGCCUGCCAAGAAGCGCGGCUGGGUCGUGGCCGUCGCCGUGUGCGUGCCCCUCGGCGUCGCCCUGCUCGCCCUCGGUGUGUACCUGCUCGUCAAGAAGGGCAAACUCAGCGUCCCGGGAUACGGCUCCGACCGUCCCUCGAUGACCAAGCACACCGUCACCGAGGGCGUCUAAGAUCGCCGCUGCGGCGCGCGGGCGGCCCGGACAAGAACGCUGCCGGGGCAAAGUACCCAGCCGUUCAGUUGCCUGGGCCGCCUCAUGUGGAAUAUAUCACGCGCGCAGCAUCCUUUGCAUGUCGGGGAGCACGGCGCACAUAUUGAUCCUGCGCAAGACCGUCGUCCCCAGCCGAGUAUUGGCGACGGACGCAAUGGGGCUCGCGCUCGCCACCCCCCCCCCCCCCCACCCACACACACACUUCUGCCCCCAUAUACUGCGGUUCCGCUCGCAGCCGCCGGUGUGAUUCAGCCGGUGAACACUCACCCUUGGUCCCUGUGCGUGCUCGAGCGUCAAGGGCUUGAGCCGUGCAAGAGUCCUUUGUUGAUAGAUUGUAUGUAUGUACAAAGA